AUGGGGCAGGCAGAGAAGGGUGCGAUUGUCGAAAACUUUUGGCCCCGGCGGAUUUGGCUGUUGGCUGCUUUUUUACGAAUAUUGGCCAGGUUAUACUGCGGCGAGUUCUUAAGCAAAAGGGCAGAACUGGUGGUUCCACGGAACUCGUAUAGGCGGCUGGCUGACGGUAUUUCGAUGCAUGCGAGUGGGAUCUCACCGUACGAUGGCGAUAUGUUCCAUUAUCAACCAGUGAUUUUGCAUCUUUUUGCUAUUUUCAUAGACAAACCUCGGCUCAUUCUUGCCCUAUUUGUCUGUUUUAAACAAGCCACCUCUGGCGUUCAGAUCUUGAGCAUUAAUUUUCAACAGUCCUUGGCGAUGAUGGAUAUUGGUAUAGCAGAGCUUCUACGAGCAGUAGCUUUGAUUUACGUAAAGAAAAAAGAGAAUAUGAAUAUCAUUCAGAUGAAAAGUACAGCGGAUUUAGCGCUCUUAAGUUUAUCUAUAGAUUUUCAAGCAGAUGAGCUCUUACUCUGUUUGCCAGUCUACUUAUUAAAUCCAGUAGCUAUUGGGUCCUGCGCUAUCUUCAGUAUUUCCGUUCUAUACAACUUUUUGACAACAUGUUUCUUAUAUGCUUUCAUUAAAGGCUGGCUGCUCCGAAGUGCCCUUUUGUGCUCGUUCCUUACACACCUUGAGCUGUAUCCUGUGAUAUUUCUUGGUGCUCUUAUCGUGAAAUACAAGAGAGUAGCAGAAAAACUUUUGGUCGCUGUUGUCUUUCUUGUUUCCUUCGCUUUCUUUUUUGCCAUCAAUUACGAACUGACCCGUAAUUUCGAUUUCCUGGAUUCAACUUACUUAUUCUUAUUGGGCGUUACCGAUCUGACACCAAAUAUCGGUAUAUUCUGGUACUUCUUUAUUGAAGUUUUCAAUCAUUUCCGAUUAUUCUUCUUGUGGGUAUUCCAAAUCAACAUUUUAGUUUACGUGUUCCCUUUACUUCUUACUAUUAGAGACAACUCCUUCCUCUUACUGCAUUUAUAUCUAAUACUUAUAUCUGUUUUUUCGUCUUACCCAUCAAUGGCCGAAAAUUUGAUAUAUAUCAGCCUUAUCCCAGUCUUUACGUCGCUGCAUAAAUAUAUUCGCUGGGGCCUUUUAAUCAGUGGUACGUUAGUUACAUGCACAGUACUAGCACCCAUUAUGUGGCUGAUGUGGAUCGUAAUUGGAUCUGCUAACGCAAAUUUCUACUUUGCUGUCGCUUUAGCCUAUUCCGUGGCACAGAUAUUUUUGCUCACGGACCUUUUAUAUGCGUACCUCCAUAAAAAAGUGACAGAAGUAAGGGGAGAAGACAAGGUGAAGAACUGCGCCUGCUUUGUUCUGAAGUGA